AUACAGGAAACAAUAAACAGAAGGUCUUCAGACCCGCCCGACCCCGGGAAAGCGCUAGGAAACCGGGGAACAGAAGCCAAAGAGGCGGGCGCCCCGCCCAGCACCCACGCGCCUGCGCACGGCAGAGGCCGCGACGCCUCAGGCUCCAGCCGGAAGCAAGGGCGCCCCGAGUCACGUGGUCGUGGGCGGACGUGGGUGCGCCGCGGGCGGUGCUGCCGCGUCGGCGUGGGCUACAGGGGCUGAGGCGAUCCGGAGUAAGUGCGGUGCGGGGUGUCCGGCCUGGCUGCGCGUACGCGGUGGUGGAGCAGAAGGACCGCCGGGGACAGGCCGGGAUCCCCUCUCGGAGGCCGGACGGCCCGGGCUUCGCGGCGGGGAUCAUGGCAUCCCUGGCGGAGCGAGUGAGGGGCCAGGGGCGCAUCGCCGCCGGGCUCCUCUUCAACCUGCUGGUGUCCAUCUGCAUCGUGUUCCUCAACAAAUGGAUCUACGUGCACCACGGCUUCCCCAACAUGAGCCUGACUCUGGUGCACUUCGUAGUCACCUGGCUGGGCUUGUACGUCUGCCAGAAACUGGACAUCUUUGCCCCCAAAAGCCUGCAGCCCUCCAAGCUGCUGCCCCUGGCCCUCAGCUUCUGCGGCUUUGUCGUCUUCACCAACCUUUCCCUGCAGAGCAACACCAUCGGCACGUACCAGCUGGCCAAGGCCAUGACCACGCCGGUGAUCAUAGCCAUUCAGACCCUGUGCUACCGGAAAACCUUCUCCGCCAGGAUCCAGCUCACGCUGAUUCCUAUAACUUUAGGUGUAAUCCUAAAUUCUUAUUACGAUGUGAAGUUUAAUUUCCUUGGAAUGGUGUUUGCUGCUCUUGGUGUUUUAGUUACAUCCCUUUAUCAAGUGUGGGUCGGAGCCAAGCAGCACGAACUGCAGGUGAACUCCAUGCAGCUGCUCUACUACCAGGCCCCAAUGUCGUCUGCCAUGCUGCUGGUCGCCCUGCCCUUCUUUGAGCCGAUGUUUGGAGAAGGGGGAAUAUUUGGUUCCUGGUCGGUUUCUGCUUUGCUUAUGGUGCUGGCAUCUGGAGUGAUCGCUUUCAUGGUGAACUUAUCGAUUUAUUGGAUCAUUGGGAAUACUUCAGCCGUCACCUAUAACAUGUUUGGACACUUCAAGUUCUGCAUUACUUUAUUUGGAGGAUGUGUCUUAUUCAAGGACCCCCUGUCCAUUAAUCAGUGUCUUGGCAUCUUGUGCACAUUAUGUGGCAUCCUCGCCUACACCCACUUUAAACUCAGUGAGCAGGAAGGAAGCAAGUGCAAACUGGGUCAACGGCCUUAAUUGGGUUUUUGAGGAGGAAAGAAUAUUGCCGCAAGAAGAUACAAGUGUUAUGUGUGCAAGUUA